AUGUCAGCUAUUGUCCAAGAAUACUGUUGUCAGUAUACAGACCAAGUUCGGAAAAAACACAAAACCUGGCAUGAUGGAAAGUUGAAGUUCUAUACAGAAAAUAAUAGGUUCAUUCUAUAUUCUGAUCCAGAUUCAACACUACUAAGCAGUGCAUUUGUCACAAAUUCGAAAGAACUUGAAUCAAUUCUUGAUCAAGGGUCCUUUGGAUCUGCAGAGCAUCGUAUAUUCGGAAGAUAUAUUGUUAUCUUAGAAGAUCUCAUAUCCGAACAGCAUAAUGAUCCUUCAUCAGCUGUCCGUAAGCCUGUGGUAAAGAUAACUAAAAAGUUUCAUGUACCUAAUUUGGAGACGACAUCUCCACUAAAGAUAAACAAUCGACUAAUAUCAGGUCGAUUCAGUUCUGGUGAUACGAAAGGAAAAACUAGUCAUAUGGGAAUCGAAGCAUCACAACUAACACUGAAAUUUAAUAAGAAAUAUAAACGGCCUACAAUUAUGAGGCAAACUGGUAAUUCACUUCUCGAUUCUGAUUUAUCUAAAACUUGUGAUAAGAAUAAUGCAUUGUCAGCAGCCAGUCUUGAAAAUAACUCAAAAAAUAAAGAUCCACUUUUAUGUGACAAUUCUGAACCCAACUGCACGAAUAGCGAAAGGAAGAAAGGAAGGCCCAGCUCAUUCAAAGUUCAGAAAAGAUUAGGUCGCAUUCGGAAGAUUGAGCAUAAACCAAUUAAUAUUCCCCAAUGA